CCAAUAUCCUGUGUUGUUCCCAUAGUAGAACUACUUAGUCAUUUAUUUACAUGUUGAAAAAACAAGUGUACAUAUCAAAUAAAAUGGCAGAGGUAGUUGAUGUUUAGAUGAAAACAUAAUGACAGCGUAGGGAAGUAAAUCCCCAACAUGUCCAUCAGAGACAAGGUGAAAGGUCAAGGGGCCAGUCUAUCACCAACAUGUCCAUCAGAGACAAGGUGAAAGGUCAAGGGGCCAGUCUAUCACCAACAUGUCCAUCAGAGACAAGGUGAAAGGUCAAGGGGCCAGUCUAUCACCAACAUGUCCAUCAGAGACAAGGUGAAAGGUCAAGGGGCCAGUCUAUCACCAACAUGUCCAUCAGAGACAAGGUGAAAGGUCAAGGGGCCAGUCUAUCACCAACAUGUCCAUCAGAGACAAGGUGAAAGGUCAAGGGGCCAGUCUAUCACCAACAUGUCCAUCAGAGACAAGGUGAAAGGUCAAGGGGCCAGUCUAUCACCAACAUGUCCAUCAGAGACAAGGUGAAAGGUCAAGGGGCCAGUCUAUCACCAACAUGUCCAUCAGAGACAAGGUGAAAGGUCAAGGGGCCAGUCUAUCACCAACAUGUCCAUCAGAGACAAGGUGAAAGGUCAAGGGAGCCAGUCUAUCACCAACAUGUCCAUCAGAGACAAGGUGAAAGGUCAAGGGGCCAGUCUAUCACCAACAUGUCCAUCAGAGACAAGGUGAAAGGUCAAGGGGCCAGUCUAUCACCAACAUGUCCAUCAGAGACAAGGUGAAAGGUCAAGGGGCCAGUCUAUCACCAACAUGUCCAUCAGAGACAAGGUGAAAGGUCAAGGGGACAGUCUAUCACCAACAUGUCCAUCAGAGACAAGGUGAAAGGUCAAGGGGCCAGUCUAUCACCAACAUGUCCAUCAGAGACAAGGUGAAAGGUCAAGGGGACAGUCUAUCACCAACAUGUCCAUCAGAGACAAGGUGAAAGGUCAAGGGUUAAAGGCUCUGCAUGGUCAAUCCGCCAACGUCCGUACAGCAUUUCCUGCGAUACAGCCUCUGCAGAAGUCAGGGCAUUCAUACUUCACAGCUGUUGUGAAGGAAGUUGUAAAGGAAGUGACUGUGUUUAUACAGGAACUCCCGCCCCCAACUACAGUCAGGGGUCAAGGUAACAGUCUUGAUUUAAGGGUGACGUCAGGGGUUAAGGUGACAGUUGAUUUAAGGGUUAGGGUGACGUCAGGGGUUAAGGUGACAGUUGAUUUAAGGGUUAGGGUGACGUCAGGGGUCAAGGUGACAGUUGAUUUAAGGGUUAGGGUGACGUCAGGGGUCAAGGUGACAGUUGAUUUAAGGGUUAGGGUGACGUCAGGGGUCAAGGUGACAGUUGAUUUAAGGGUUAGGGUGACGUCAGGGGUCAAGGUGACAGUUGAUUUAAGGGUUAGGGUGACUUCAGGGGUCAAGGUGACAGUUGAUUUAAGGGUUAGGGUGACGUCAGGGGUCAAGGUGACAGUUGAUUUAAGGGUUAGGGUGACGUCAGGGGUCAAGGUGACAGUUGAUUUAAGGGUUAGGGUGACGUCAGGGGUCAAGGUGACAGUUGAUUUAAGGGUUAGGGUGACUUCAGGGGUCAAGGUGACAGUUGAUUUAAGGGUUAGGGUGACGUCAGGGGUCAAGGUGACAGUUGAUUUAAGGGUUAGGGUGACGUCAGGGGUCAAGGUGACAGUUGAUUUAAGGGUUAGGGUGACUUCAGGGGUCAAGGUGACAGUUGAUUUAAGGGUUAGGGUGACGUCAGGGGUCAAGGUGACAGUUGAUUUAAGGGUUAGGGUGACGUCAGGGGUCAAGGUGACAGUUGAUUUAAGGGUUAGGGUGACGUCAGGGGUCAAGGUAACAGUCUUGAUUUAAGGGUGACUUCAGGGGUCAAGGUGACAGUUGAUUUAAGGGUUAGGGUGACGUCAGGGGUCAAGGUGACAGUUGAUUUAAGGGUUAGGGUGACUUCAGGGGUCAAGGUGACAGUUGAUUUAAGGGUUAGGGUGACGUCAGGGGUCAAGGUGACAGUUGAUUUAAGGGUUAGGGUGACGUCAGGGGUCAAGGUGACUUCAGGGGUCAAGGUGACAGUUGAUUUAAGGGUUAGGGUGACGUCAGGGGUCAAGGUGACAGUUGAUUUAAGGGUUAGGGUGACGUCAGGGGUCAAGGUGACAGUUGAUUUAAGGGUUAGGGUGACUUCAGGGGUCAAGGUGACAGUUGAUUUAAGGGUUAGGGUGACUU